AUGACCCCGUACGGUGUCCUCCCCGCCCGACUUUCAGGCAGCAACAUUUGCACUCUUCUCAUUUGGACAGAAAAGUCUAUCUGUUUGUCUCUCCCUCACCCUCACUCUGUCCUGACGGAAACUGCGAGAGGAGCGCGAGAAAGUGGACGUCAAGAGGUGAAAAUACCUCGUCUUGGGAUCAAUGGCCGUCUGUAUCAACAUGUGACACUUGAUGCUGAUGAUCCUUUGUUGACACUCGAACGUUCCGCUGGAAGAAGACUUUGGUGCAUUGACCCCACCGGAAGCCGACACAUGAUGCCAUCUGAAUGGUUGAAAUCGUGUGAAGAGGAGACUCGAAGCUGGAUCCCACCACCAGCAGAAUGCUCUUCUAACGCCGCAAUCGUCUUUUGGUGGGAUCUGCUAUGA